UUAUUAGUGAGGUGAUCGUUUGCCCAAGUAUAGAGUAUCCCAUUGUUAACUUAACUGGGGGAAACCAAGCCAACGUGGGCGGUAGAAGACGAACCACACAGCUGCAACAGCUGAUAGAGCUCAGGAUCACAAGAUUCUCAGUAUCAACACCAAUCUGAUUAAUAAAAACAGAAAUGGAGCUGGCUUUUGCUCCCCCCAUGUACCUUUCUACUGGGAAGAGAACUCUGGGAAAGGUUAAGCCUCAUAACCCCAUGCUUUCUGCAAGCCAAAAGUCUUUUCCUCGGCGAUUAUCAACAUGUUUGGCAACUUUAUCUUCCCAACCAACUCAGGCAGUGGAAUUUGAGGUAGAGAACAAAAAACAUGAUCUGUUGAGAGCUGUUCAGGACACCCAACGGGGCCUCAUAACAACGGCUGAUCAGCGCUCUUUGAUAGAGGAGGCCUUGGUGAGUGUGGAAGGGUACAACAGGGGUACCCCAAUUGACUUGGUGAAAUUGGAUGGAACGUGGCGAUUGCAGUAUACCUCUGCCUCUGAUGUUCUCAUUCUUCUGGAGGCUGCUGCUAGACUUCCUUUCUUCCAGGUUGGGCAGAUCUAUCAAAAAUUUGAAUGUCGGGAUCAAUCCAGGGGAGGUAUAAUCCGCAAUGUUGUCCGAUGGAGUAUCCCAAAUUUGUUAGAGGAACAAGAAGGUGCGACUUUGCUUGUAUCUGCAAAAUUUGAUGUAGUUUCUGUCCGUAAUAUCUACCUUCAGUUUGAAGAGAUAACUGUUCAAAAUAUAAAAAUCAGUGAAGAACUGCAGUCUCUAAUUGCCCCAGCAAUACUACCCCGUUCAUUUAUAAGUCUGCAGAUUUUGCAGUUCCUUCGUUCUUUCAAAGCUCAAUUUCCAGUAACAAAUAGAGCUCUUUCUGCGACAGAACCGGGAAGACGAUCAGUAGGUGGUCUAUAUUACCUUUCUUACUUGGAUUCCAACAUGCUUUUGGGCCGCUCAGUCGGUGGAGGAGGAGUAUUUAUCUUUACUAAAGCUCAGCCUCUUGACUGAAAUGAUGCAUGUUAUCACCAGCCAGAAAAGUGUCUGGUUUUAAAUGAUUAUUUUGUGGCACGGUUAUGGAACUUCCAUCUUCGAAAAAGUUGAGAAGGGAGAUACUUAAAGACAUGUUUAUCUGGUUUUGUUCUUUUACUUAGCCUACCUAAUCUUCACUUUUCCAGCUCUGAUCAAGGUAAGUUGAUUCUGACGUACAAGUUUCCAACAAAUGGAGUAAUUCGGAAAUUUUAAUUUGGAGUUGCUAUAGUGUUCUUAUGUUUAUUGAAUGCAACCAAAAAAAGAAGAGAAAAAAAGACUUUCAGUGUAUAAUUUAAACAAAUAUAUCAUUAUCAUAGAAUGUGUUAAAAAAAUUCAUGGGGGCUCAUUCAAUCUCGCGAGUCGUGAGCUGUGACAUAUGGUGGAUAUGCUUUUAAGCAUACAUAUGGUGGAUAAUGUAGUUGUUGAUGUUGGAACAUAAAUGUGAAUUGUUAAAAAAAAAAAAAAAAAAAUUGGAAAUGUGCAUUUUGAAGUUCUUUGAGGACUAGUCUAUUUCUUGGGAACACUUAUUUGUAAGUUUAUAUAUAAUAUAGAUAUGAUCAUAUGAGCAAUUGGCUUGGGCUUAAACUCAUUUUUGUGGAAAAGGAAGGAAUCAUACAAAGGCUCAUCUGAACACUGCGCAUGCUACUGUUCGAUUGAGCUUUGCACUUUAUUUUUUGGAAAAAAUUUAUUUAUUAAAUUAUUAUUUUUUAAUUAAUUAAUUAAAACAGUUUUUAAAUGUGUUUAAUUAAUUGGUAAACGAAAACAUUUUCUUGUUUCGAUUUUCAAUGUUGUUCUUACGAUCUCUUGUUUUAACGUUCUCAUGAUCAGAAACGUCUUUCUUUCCGUUACUACUUUUUGUGCAUUUCCUAUAUAAUGCAUCAAAACCAACAAGAGAAAUACAUCUUCUUUUCAUAGAAAAAUUAUAAACAGUUUGUACGAUUAUAUUACAAACAUGUAUUCUGAACAAUAGUGUUAUUGGGUGUGGUAUUUCGACGGUUUUCUAUCAUGCAGUAGAGCUCUGAUACAGUGUUAUUUUGAUUGGAUUGUUUUAUCUUGUGGAUGAUGAGCUUGAUAGUUUGCUUGCACAAUUCUGGGCAAUACUGCAAACAUUUUAAAGAAAGCGACUUAAUCUGUGACUCAACCUAGAUUUUAUUCGAUAAGUUCGUUUCCUUUAUUUAUUUAUUUUUUUUUGCAGCAACUAUUUCAACAAUUUGAAGAUGAUGUGUUUCUGUCAUGACUACCAAUGAUAAUUCUAGUAUUGUUGAUCAUAUUACAAACAUGUAUUUCUAGUAG